UCUGUCAGAGCGUCACAUCAGUGUCAGUAGAGCUCAUCUAACCAAGAUAGAAGACCACAACAUCAACCUACAGUCACCCUUCAUCUGUUGGACAGACUAAGUUAUACACCAUGUACUUAGCUUCCAACCUCUACACUGUAAUGGUGUUGUGUGGGCUGGUAAUGACGAUGUUUGGGGCCGAGGCUGCCCCCCAUGCUCCCCCACUGGGGGACAAGACAGUGACAUUGGUUCUGGACUCCAAGACCAUUCUUCCUAGUCAUCCUAUCAGACCCCUCCAUGACCACUCAACCUCGCCAUGGACUUACAACACUACCCAUUACAAGGAUCUCUAUCCACCCACUAUCCAUCAAGCUCAUUGUUCCCUCAACGGCUGUCUGGACAAGGAGGGACGUGAGAACCUCACCUUUGAGUCCAAACCCAUUCUGCACCAGAUCCUGGUCCUACGCAGGGUAUUGGGGACCAUCGGAGGCAACUACCGCUACCGCCUGGAGACCAUGGUGAUCCCUGUGGGUUGUACCUGCGUCAAUCCAAGCAUCAAGGUCCAACAGUAGGCUGAAAAUGAAUACACCCUGAAUCUGCUGGUUAUAUAUGGAAUUAGUUUUAGGUUAAUUUAUUCUAAUGUUGGAAUUUUUCUGGGGCUUCACAGAUCAACUGUGGACCAGAAUACAGGUAUUCUGAACUCAAGUAAAAUAGGUAGUAUAAUGAAAAAAUUAUUUAAUAUUAAGAAUGCAUCUACAACCUUUGGGAGUGUUCAAUGGUUUUUAAUUUACUUUGUGAACUGUCCUAAACACCCUGUAUUUGUGGGUUAUUUUUGUAAUUUAUUUGUACAAAGUAG